ACCGCAGCGCCCGGCGCGCUCCGCUCUCCGACUCGGAGCCCGUCGGCGGCACCCGGCCCCGACCCGCGGGAGCACCCCAGCCGCCGCCCGACACCCCUCGCCUCCCGGCCGCGCCGCACGCUUCUUCCCGACACAGUGCCCACCGCGCAGAGGGGAGGAUGGAUUGGAGCACGCUGCAGACCAUCCUGGGCGGAGUCAACAAGCACUCCACCAGCAUCGGGAAGAUCUGGCUCACCGUCCUCUUCAUCUUUCGCAUCAUGAUCCUCGUUGUGGCCGCCAAGGAGGUGUGGGGAGACGAGCAAGCCGACUUCAUCUGCAACACCCUCCAGCCCGGCUGCAAGAACGUGUGCUACGACCACUACUUCCCCAUCUCGCACAUCCGGCUCUGGGCCCUGCAGCUCAUCUUCGUGUCCACGCCGGCGCUGCUGGUGGCCAUGCACGUGGCCUACCGGAGACACGAGAAGAAGAGGAAGUUCAUGAAGGGGGAGAUCAAGAACGAGUUCAAGGACAUCGAGGAGAUCAAAAGCCAGAAGGUGCGCAUCGAAGGCUCACUGUGGUGGACCUACACUAGUAGCAUCUUCUUCCGCGUCAUUUUUGAGGCCGUCUUCAUGUACGUCUUUUACAUCAUGUACAACGGCUUCUCCAUGCAGCGCCUGGUGAAGUGCAAUGCCUGGCCGUGCCCCAACACGGUGGACUGCUUUGUGUCCAGGCCCACGGAGAAGACGGUCUUCACCGUCUUCAUGAUCGCCGUGUCCGGAAUUUGCAUCCUGCUCAAUGUCACCGAACUGUGCUAUCUGCUGAUCAGAUAUUGUUCCGGAAAAUCCAAAAAGCCAGCAUAACACGGCAGGGGAGUGGGAGGGGCCUUAGAUAAAAAGAUGACAGCACGGAAGGGUGAGGCAACCUGUGCUUAGCUGUCAAGUUUCAGUCAGCAGCGUGUCCCCGAGACAAAGAUUCUGAUCUCAAAAGCAACCACUGGCAAUCCCUGUAGCCUCCCGGUCGACUCCGGCCACCUCAGCAGUGCUGCUGUGCUAAAGGCUUCCCAGCCGAGGUCUGGCUCCCUGUCUGUUACAGACUUGUCACCGAGUUAGUUCCAAUGAGACCCCCCGUUGAUAGGGGUGCUUUGUAGGAGGAACACUCUUGUGUUGCGCCAAGGAUGUUGGCGGCUGCUUCUCCGUCUCUGAGGAAAAGGGAAGAAAGACCCGGUUGGAAAGAGGCUGCUGAGGAAGCCCGAGGGUCUCCCUUGGCACCUGCUUUCCCCGAGAUAAAGCCCCACAUAGAGAAUCUUGGUUCUUUGCCUUGCUUUCUAAGUUUUAGUCUCUGGCUAUAGACAACGUUGCCUACCCAAUGCUUCCAACUCUGUUUCACUUUUUUUUUUUUAAUGAAAACUUUAAAAUAAAAUAGUUUCCUUGGUUCUAAAGA